AUGAACAUUCAGUCUGCCAUCAACAAAGAAGUCUUCCUCCCUCGGGAUGAGCGCAUGCUGGUGGCAGUGGAGGUGCAGAGGAGGAAAAGAAAGAGGAUGUCCUUCCUGCCUAUUGAACCCUACACCACCUUCAUCUGUGUUUCAGUGACAAACACAAGGCCACAUCAGCUCCUCAUUACAAAGGUGAAGCAGAUGGUUGGCUCAUCAUCCUUCACCAGGAGGUCCCAUUGGACAGUGGAACAGCUCAGACAGGUCAAUGGCAUCAACCCCAACAAGGACAGCCCAGAGUUUGACCUGGUGUUUGACAAUGCUGUGGACCAGUGGGUAGCCAGCUCAUCAGCAGAGAAGUGCAUCCUUAUCCAGAUCCUGUAUCACGCUUGCCAGACCUACUGGGAGGGAAAAGCAGGGAAAUUGGGAAAGGCAGGGAAGCUGGACAAGAAAGUCCGCCAGAGGAGAGCAAGUCAGUGCACUUACCAUGAGGUCCCAGGUGGUUCCAGUGACUCCCCACAGGGCUCUGCAUCCAGAACCCUGCAGGCCCGACGGAAGAGCUAUGUUCCUCCCAGACAGGCAGAGUUCAUCAACUGCCAGUCCAAACUCACAGGAGAUGCCUGUACCAUGAAUCUGGUCAUCUACCGCUGCAAAGCCUUCUUGAAUCGUUUGAAGAAUAUGAUGGUUACAAACCAAAGAUCACUAGGCCGAGGUCAGCCUGUACAGCGUCUCACAGGGAGCACUACGGGUAAUGUAGUUCAGAGGGUGAAUGUGUCUCUGGGGGAGCGUGGAGACAGACUGACUCGUGUUGAGAACAAGACUGUGGAGCUGAUGCACAAAGCCCAGCAGUUUGCAGACACUGCUCACAAGCUGGCCCUGAGGUAUUCAAAGUAA